AUGGCGAAAUUUGAUUCCAGUAAAAUUCUGGAAAAGAAGGCUAGUCUAAUGAUGGAUAUCAAAACGAAUCUAGUUUCCAAUGACUCAAAGUCAGAACUAUGUACUACAUACGACUUUCAGAAUUCUGAUACUGCUGGACUUAGGUCUGUUCAACAACUAGAAUUUAAAACUAGCCUUCUUGAAGCAGUGGAAGAACUUCGUUUUCGUCGUGCUGCAGAAAGUCGAUAUGAAGAUCAGAUCAGAAACCUUGCGGUGGAAAAGCAAGAAUUAGAGUGGCAAAAGGAGUCAUUGCAGCAUCAGUGCAAUGUGUUGUCUAGUCAACAUGAAGAAGCUAUGGCUGUCCUAAAAAAGCAGUUUCAGACAAGAAUUAAUGCAGUGGAAGAGGAGAAGGGCAAGUUCCAGAUUAGCCUGGAAUCGAAAGAAAGAGAAAUCAGUGGAUUGAAGGAAGAAUUGAAAGGACUGCAGGUUUCCAAGUACAGCCUAGAAAAAAAACUAAGUGAACUGGAACAAAAGGUGCAGUUGCAGACUGUUGCGAAGGAUAAUCAGCUCAGUCAACUGAGUGAAGUGGAGAAACGUUUUGCAGCUAUAAGUCGUCAGUGUGGGUUGGUCAAACAGGCUCAUGAGAAGCUAGAACAGAAUGUGGAUGAAGCAACAAGAUUGAACAAAAAGCUAAUUACAGUGAAUAAACAUCAGGAGAAUAUGAUACAUAAUCUGAAACAGGAACUGGAGAAAGUAACUGCAAAUUUGAUAAGAUCCAAGGUCACUUCUCAGUGCAAAUUGGGAGAAGAAAACAUCCAUGUUACAGAACAGCAACAGCAGCUAGAAGAACUGAAGGAGAAACUGCAGAUGAAAACAGAAUUAAACAAGAGGAUAUCUAGAGAUGCACUGAUUUUUCAAGAAGGAAAAAAGGCCAGAUGUCCAAUUGGAACGGUUACUGAGAGACAAGGGUUAUCUUCUGCAAUCAUGGCUGAUGAUUAUGCUGUGCAACUCUCAACUGAGGCAGAGUAUAGAUGUAUUGCAGUCCAUUCUUCCACUGGUGUCAUUGUGGGCAAUAAGGAAGUAUUGAAAUUACUUAAUCAAACUCAACAGCUGCUUCAGCGUCAGGAACUGGCACUCGACAGAACUGAAAAAGAGUUAAAAGUUUAUGGAGAGAAGCAUCAGAUUCUGGAAAGGGAUAAUGAGCUACUCCGUCAGAAGGCAAAAGGAAAUGAAGAUAGAUUUCAGAUUCUUGAGAGGGAAAAUGAAAAGUCUGCAGCUCGCUGGAAAAAGGAGGAGACUCGAUUAAAUGAAGAAAAUCUCAGAAUAAAAUCUGAGUUAGAAUCAUUUAAAAAAACUCAUGCCGAAUGUCAAGAGAUUCAAAGUAAGAUAUCUAUGCAGAAUGUACAACAAGAACAGCAAAUAUACAGAUUGCAGAAUAAGUUAAAACAUUUUGAACAGCAUUCAGAACAGGAAAUGGCAGGAGAGCAGACUUGCGUUAGUGAAGCCUUAAUGGUUAAUGACAAUAAGAUUAAACAAGCAGGAAUGCAUAGCACAAUAGAAGAAAAAAUAAAAGACGAGUCCAAUGAGAGAGACAACAUUAAUCAAGAGAUUAGCAUUCACAGUGAAGAUGGGAUGAUUAAUACAGAUAACAUAGUUACAAACAGUAAUAUAUGGUCACCAGAUACUGUCAAGACAGCUGCAGAAAUGCCAGAAAAAGCAACCGAUAAUGGAGCUGUGUUUGUGAAUGAAAGACAGUACACCAUUGUAUCAACUCUGACCAUUAAUGCUGGUGAGCCCAAUGACACCCAACAGGGUGAAACAGGAAACACUUGCACUGAAGCUGAAUUUGCGAGUGCAAAAAUCAAUUUGCAGUGCACUUCUGUCUGUUUGGCAGAAGUCCCAAUGAAAGGAGGAAAGAAGCUCCCAGACAGUGCUGAUGCAUUAGGUGUCUGCAGUGCAGAUAUCGGUCAGCAGACAGACUCCAUUACACACAAAGUCGAUGGAGGCAGAACUGAAGCAGUUUAUAAUAUGAAUGAUAAGACGAAAACUACACAAUGUGACAAAGGUGUCUUUAUAAAUGAAUCACCGAGGACUGAAGCCAAAGCAGCUGCUUGCACCACUGAGAUUAUAAUGAAGGAAGGUGAUGCAAAUGAAGUACGAGAGGAUACAAUCCAAUCUCAGCAAAGUAGUUUUGACCUUGUAUCCCACCCAGUACUUGAUGAAACUAAAAAUGAGCAGAAAUCCAGUUUACAACAGCAGCAUGAACAUAGCCAAGCAAAUAUUCUGAUGCAAGAAAACUGUGCAAACAACAACAUCGUUGAAUUUUGUCAAUUCCAUAAACCCUGCAGUAAAUCAGAUGUCAGUCCCAUAAAACUGCCCACUGACCACUGCAUUCCAUCAAUUGCAUCCUGUAAAAUUAACAGUAGUGUUGAUGUUGACAGUAAACCCCAGUCAGAUGUUUCAGUUAAAGUAGGGAAUCUUGGGUCUAACAACCAUGAGGAAGAUAUUAUCAAGGAAAUCAGUAGUAAUGAACAAAACAAUCUUGUUAGGACUGAUGAUCAGCAGAAAGAACCGCAUAAUCUGGAAACUAUGAUUUCUGACAGUGAAGCAAAUCAAGAUAUUCAGGCAAUUGUGUCCAAUGCUGAAGCUUUGGGAAACCAGAAACAAUUGCUGGGUAACUUCACACAAAGUGACAACUGUUUAAUUAUGACAAAUAUCCAUUCACCAAACUUCAUAUGUAAUGCUGACCAUAGUAUGGUUUUAGCUCCUGUCUCCCAAAGUACAGAGGAAACUAAUGGCAAUGCAAAUGGUUUUGAAUCCACUGCGGAAAGUCAGCAAACAGCAGCUACUAAAAUGGAUUUGCAUGCUGAAGUACUAGAAACAAGAACUACUUCCAAGAUAACAGAAAAUAAAUUAAAGCCCAGCUUUACAAGUGCUUCAAUUAACAUGGUUGCAAACAUUGCUUUAGAUGACAAGAAUAAAACAUCAACUUCUGACAUAAAAUGCACAAGCACCAAGGCACCAAGUCAAAGUGGCUGGAAACUUUGUGAACUGCCUUUUUUAGAUUCUGGGAAAGAAAAGGAUAUGUCAAAUAAAGCCUCAACAUCACUCUCAGUUUCAUUACUGAGAGACAAGUUGGAGGCUCCUGAUGUAAGCGGAAGAAUCCCUUCAGCAUUUACUUUUCCAAAACAAAUCGGUGAAAUAAGUUUGAGAAAUUCUAGUGCAACAGAUUCUCCCAGUACUAAAAGGCUAAAUGACACUUUUAAUACCUCCAGUAUUCCUCUUUACCCCAAGAGAAAUUCUGGUGAGUGGAAUACAACAGCACAGACACUUGCUGAUUUUUCACAGCCUGCAGAUCAGGAAAAACUAUGUUCAUCCUCCAGAGAAGGUUCCACGAUUCCUUUUUCAUCCGCUUCAAUGAAACAUCAGAGACAGUUUACAGAAACAUCUUCUAUUUCUUGUUCCCAAUCAUACUUUCAUCCCCGAUCACCAGAGAUUAAGCCACCAGAGGUUUCUACGUCUAACACUAUGUCUGCCACUCCAGAGUUACUGUUCGAGGAGGAAGCAGAUUCUCAGUAUGCCAUCAUCAAAGGACAGAUUAACAAAAUCGAAAGGUUUCUUAGUCUGGACCGGCUCAAGCACACACGGAAAAGGAAAGCUGAAUGCGUAAUCAAGAUAACACCAACUUAA